AUGCUGGCUCCCAUCCUCCUCCUCGCCGGAGGGCUCUACAUCGCCUUUUUAGUCGCCCGGUCCAUCCAGAAUGCCUACAACCGACGGACGCUGGCCAAGUCCCUCAACUGCCAACCUCCUCCAUCGGGGGCCGUCGAAUAUUGGGGCGUUCCGGCCUUUCUUCGAUUGAAAAAGGCUGCGGACGAGCAUCGCUGGGUCGAAUACCUCGCCGAUCAGUAUAACAUCUAUGGUACCACCUUUCGCCACGCCUUGUUGGGUCGCGAGAUGGUCUCCACCAUCGAGCCGGAAAACAUCAAGGCCAUCUUGGCCACCCAGUUCAACGACUUUGGUCUAGGCAACCGUCAUCGCGAAUUCUACCCCCUCCUGGGCGACGGCAUCUUCACGCUGGAUGGCGCCGGCUGGUCGCACUCACGGGGCCUUCUCCGGCCGCAGUUCACCCGCGACCAGGUCGCCGAUCUCGACACCAUGGACAGUCACAUCUCCCGUAUGGUCGAGUUGGUCCCCACGGACGGGUCGAGCUUCGAUAUCCAGCGCCUCUUCUUCCUCCUGACCAUCGACUCGGCCACCCACUUCCUCUUCGGGGAGUCGGUCGGCUCCAUGGGCUCUUCCGAGAACGCCAGCCUCCUGGGCAAGUCGUCCGUCGGAAACGCCGAGGGCUUUGCCGAGGCGUUCAACACGGCGCAGGAAUGGGUGGCGGAGCGAUCCCGGGCCGUCGAUUUCUACUGGAUGAUCAACCCCAAAGAAUUCAAGGAGGCCAACAAGCGCGUCCACGAGGUCGUCGACCACUACGUGCGCCUGGCCAUCGACUCCAAGAACCACCCCGAAAAGCGAGAGCCCGGCCGGUACAUCUUCGCCGAAGCGCUGGCCGCUAGCAACGAUAACCCCAAGGUACUGCGUGACAGCAUGCUUAACAUCCUCCUGGCCGGCCGCGACACCACCGCCAGUCUGCUCAGCUCGGCCUUCUUCUUCAUGGCGCGCCACCCCAACGUCUGGAACCGCCUGCGCCGCACGCUCAUCGAAGAGUUCGGCGACUACCAUCACCCCCGCGGAGAGAUCACCCAUACCAAGCUGAAGGAUAUCCCAUACCUGCGCUAUGUCUUGAACGAGACACUCCGGUUACUGCCACCUGUCCCGCUGAACUUCCGCACCGCCCUCAAGGACACCACCCUUCCCGUCGGUGGUGGGCCCGACGGACAGUCCCCCGUCUUCAUGUCCAAGGGCACCAUGGCGAUGUACAGUGUUUACGCGAUGCACCGACGCAAGGAUCUCUGGGGUGCAGAUGCCGACGUCUUCCGCCCCGAGCGCUGGGAGGAGAACAGUCGGCACGGCUGGGAGUACCUUCCGUUCAACGGUGGCCCGCGCAUCUGUCUUGGCCAGCAAUAUGCCCUGACGGAAGCGAGCUUCACGCUGGUUCGCCUGAUGCAGCGCUUCGAUGCGCUGGAGAACGCCGAUCCCACGCUGGAGAAGCCCGCCAUCCUGUCCAACUUGACUCUUUCGCACGACAAGGGGGUUCACAUCCGCUUGCGGGCGGCGGGGAGUGCGUAG